AUGGAUAAGAUUAUUUCUCCUAUGCAAGCUGCUUAUGUCUCUGGAAGACAAAUUUCAGAUAAUAUCUUUCUUGCUCAAGAGCUUAUACACACUAUGAAGAGGAAAAAAGGGAAAAAGGGUUAUAUGGCUCUCAAGAUGGACAUGUCCAAGGCUUUUGGUAGAGUUGAAUGGUGUUUCUUGAAAAAAAUAAUGCAAAAAAUGGGCUUUUCAAACAAAUGGUGUGAUCUCAUUGAAGAAUGCAUUAGCACAUCUGAGAUUAGUAUCAAACUUAAUGGAUCUCUAUGCGAUUCUUAUAAACCCACAAGGAGAUUAAGGCAGGGAGAUCCACUCUCACCUUAUCUCUUUCUACUUUCUGUGGAGGUCUUCACAAGAGCCAUGGCUGAUGCAGAAAAUUCCAACAAGAUACAAGGGGUAAAAAUAUUCAGAGCAGCACCUCAAGAAUUCAGUGCAAGUUCAGGGCAACAAAUAAAUCUCCAGAAGUCUGCAGUUUUUUAUUCCAAGAAUCUUCAUCCUAGGCACUGCAGAUUAUUAUCCAGAAGAUUAAAAGUUCAAAAUAUGAGUGUGGAAGAGAUGAAGGACAACUCUGGUGAAAUAUGUUUUAAAUGUAAUGUCAGUCCACCAAAAGAAGACAAAGAUUAUGGAGGAUUAGGCUUUAGAGACUUGAAAAGCCUUAAUGUUGCUCUUUUGGCAAGAUCAACUUGGAGAUUAUGUAAGGAAGAAAUCCAAUUAUGGGAUAGAGCUCUAAAAGCUAAGCACUUUGCAGAUUCUUCUCUUCUUCAUGCUACAACAAAGAAAAAUUCAACCUGGGCUUGGAAAAGUUUGCAUGUUACUGUAGAUUUUAUCAAACAAUUCAGCUUCUGGCAAGUUGGGGAUGGCAAAAUUAUUCAUAUCUGGUUAGACAAAUGGAUACUAAGACAUGAAAAAUGGAGAUUGUUCAUGCUUUUUUUUCAACCAGAUGUGGCAGCAAAGACUGUUCAAAUUAGAAUUCCUCAGAAGUCAAAGGAUAAUUUAGUUUGGACGUUGACAAAUAAUGGGUUGUUCAGUGUGAAGUCUGCUUACAACAAGUUAAUGGAACUAAAACUCAGUUCUCAACAUGAUUAUGGAAUUGAGAAGAGUAUAUGGAAAAGACUAUGGAAACUAAAAAACGAUUCCAAGAUCAAACUAUUUCUAUGGAAGUGUCUUACAGAUUCAGUUUCUACAAGUGAGAGACUACAAAGAUUUGCUGGUGGAGAUGUUUCUUACUGA